AUGAGUCGUGAUAGGAAAGCUGGAUGUAACCUAGCUAAAAGCAGAGGAAACUCAAAAACAGGUAUCAGCAACCAAAAGGGCCAAAACAACAAAAGAAAGCAAAAAGUAGACAAUUUUAAGCUUCAUGAAUUAUGCUCAACUUUCAUUACAAUCCUAGUCCUUCUCUCCCCAGCUAAACUCACAUUUUCUGCAUCAACAAACCUUGAUUUCUUAAACAACUUCACGAUAUCCUUCACCUCGUUCGGCCCGCACUCCUCCACCGUCACCACGCACACCCCACCACCCCUCACCGUCCUCUCCAUUUGUCCCACAAACCGGCCCGGAAAAAGGGCUCGAUCCAGGUACAGCCCGAGCCCCAGAUCAAAAAUCCCAUCAAAAAAGGGCAGAUUGUGGGGAUCCGCCCGGCUCACCAGCGGCGGCGAAUCCACCAGCUCCACCCCGGUGACGUCCUCCACGCCCAUCUCCUGCAGAGCCUGCACGGCGUGGCCCGGCCCAGCGGAGACGACCAGGGCCCGGGAGUCGUUCGAGAGGUGGUUUCGGGCCUGGAGCGCCAUCAGGAGGGAGGCGUAG